UAGAGCUGGCCAAUAAAUUAGAACGCCACACGAUGAGGAGAGAAGAGACGCACUCUCGAUGCACACAGAGAGAAACGGCGUGACGAGCACGGUGAGUCGCGGCGGUGAGUGAAAAGCUACUCGUUUUUCUACUGGGCCUGUGACGGGCUAAAGAGCAGCCUGCGGUCGCUGAUGAAUGGAGCGACAAGUGACCGCGAUAUUAUACGUGAGACGGUCGUCUGUUGGAUCAAGGAGAGGAUCUCGACGCGCGACAUCGGGACGUUCUCGGGAUGAAAGGACGACAAUAAUUCAUGGCCACUUGUGAAAAACGCGUAAAAUCGAGAUAUUUUUUCGCACGCUUGGACACAAGUGUGAAAUCGAGUAUGUAUGGAGGAGUCGGUAGCAUCUCGAUUAAGAAGAAAUCUUGCACCACAAAAGCUGAUGCAAAUAAAAUGUUGGCGUUGAGACAUGAUAGAUUAAUUCUGGGUUGGACAGAAUAAUCUUAAAAUUACUUAUCUUAAUUCUCUCAGUUGUUAUUUCUCCUAAUUGAUUUUUUAAGUUUAAAUAUAGAAAUACCUGGUCAUUGCUAACCAACUUUUAUAAUCACAAGUUACAAUUACAAGUCGCUUAGAUUAGUGUAUUAUCAAAGUAACUGUCAAAAAUGUGCAAAUAAAUGAAAUGCUAUGAGGAGGAGUUAAUUAUAAUAGAAGACAAACAAUGAAAUAAAAAGUACCUCUUUGCAAAUAGGAAAAUUAUUUUCUGCCCGGUACAAUUUGUUUUUCGUUAAUAAUAUACUAAUUGUCGCAAACCGCAGAGGGAUAAAUAAAUCAGCACAUUCGCCGCGGGUGGUAACGCGCACGUUCAUUCAGGGUGGUCCGCCGAUUGUGACGAUCGGAAAUGCAACCAAGACUGCUUGAUCCGUGAAUGAAAGAUAGAGGGGAAAAGCCGUAAUAUCAUCAUUAUAUUACGUCACACAGAUGCGCGGAUCAGAGGAUCUCGAGACCACCGUUUUUAUAUUGUGGUUACCGCGCCAUUGUGCGUCCUGAUGGCCACAAAGGACCUUAGAAGGACCCCCGCGGAGGGAAAGUCUACAGCAUAGCGGGGUUGUUGAUUGGCUGCUUCCCCUGUCAACAGUUAUGGUAAUCCGUACACACUUCCGUACAUAUCUUCCCUUUCCGAUCACCUGUCAGUUUUUUUGCGCCAAGACAUUCCUAUCGAAAUUGAAAAAUAUGUUACAUAAAUAGAUUAAUUUAUUUAAUUUUUUCUUUAUUACGCUUUAUAAAGAUAACAGUUAUUUUAUAAAAUAGAAAUAUGAUUUUUAUUGAAAUCUUAAUUAACGCGUGCUUCUGGAUACGCGUUUGUAGAUGAGAUAUAAUUUAUAAAAUGAAUAUCGUGUCAAGUUAGAAAUUGUUUAAUGGUUUAGCUCUCUCUGAACGUUGUUACAAUCUAGACUAUCUAGAGUAAUAAAAAAUAUAUCGAAUUCACUCUCAAAUUGGCAUAAAACAUCAUUAUUGCUAAGAGUAAAUAUGUCUUGGUUAUCCGAUUUAUGUCUUUUAUAAAAAGAAUUUUUGUAAAAAUUUAACAGUAAUUGUGCAUUGAUGUCAAGUGACCGCAAACGAAAAACCGUUUAUGCGAAGAAAAAUGUUGGCAAAUCAUGGAACCACUAAUAAUUUUGACAGUGCUAAAUUGCAUUUUCAUGUUCAGCUCUACAGUCACAACCUGCGCAUUGUGGUGGCAAUAUCAUGGUCAACGUUGUUGCCCCAGGAAUAACACUCAACAAAAAUUUUCAAAGAAAUUGAAAAAUUAUACUUUACAAACUACCAAGAAACCAGGUAAAUUAGAUUUUGACAGCCAUGCUAAUAUUGUUAGCAAGUCUGAUGCAAAUGUGAGUCGCGAAUACAAAAAUAAAAGAUGCCAGAAAAGAAAAAGGUCUAAGAAAGAUCUGAAAUAUCAAAACAGAAGCGGAGAAAACAUAUCAUUCCCAAAUGAAUUAAAAGCAAAAAAGUUCAACGAAAAAGAUAAAACAUCGGAAGCUUCUCAAACGAUAAAUAAUACGAAAUCAACAAUCGUAAUGGAACUUUCAACAGUCCAAAAAAUCAUGCAGAUUGUCGACAAUAAUCCCCAUAUUAAUACAACGCAAGCUUCUUUUAAAGAAAUUGUUAUUUAGAAUGAUAAAGCGGAUGAUGAUGUCGAGCAGAAUUUCGAGGCUAACGGAGCGCUUUAUAAAUUAUUAUGACAAACAAAUUAACAAUGUAAAUUAUGUAGACAUU